AUGGUACCCUUUGUGAUAGUGUUAAUUGAUGGAGAUCUUAUAACAAUUUUUGAUAGCUCAGAUCUUUCCUUUGCAAUUCAGUGCAGUAGGAUACUUAAGCUGACAUUGUUUGUGAAUGGACAACCAAGACCCCUAGAAUCUAAUCAGGUGAAAUACCUGCGUCGAGAGCUGAUAGAACUUCGCAAUAAAGUAAAUCGUUUACUGGACUGUUUAGAGCCACCAGCUGAACCAGAGCUUUCCACUAGUCUGCCUGAAAGUGAUGCUGUGGACGGUAGGGAAGAAAAGCCUGCUGCUGCCGACUCUAAUGUUAAGCCAUCUACUCAAGUUAUAGCAGCAAGCAUGUCAGCAUUUGAUCCACUAAAGAACCAGGAUGAAAUCAGCAAGAAUGUCAUGUCAGCAUUUGGCUUGACAGAUGAUCAGGUGUCAGGACCACCCAGUGCCCCUGCUGAAGAGCGAUCAGGAACACCAGACAGCAUCGCUUCCUCCUCUUCUGCAGCCCAUCCCCCUAGUGUUCAGGCACAGCAGCCACCGUACCCCGGAACACAGCCACAGACUGGUCAGGUGGAAGGUAAGCAGCAGAGUUUUCUUCUAUUUAAGACGUGA